AUGCUUCCCAUUUCAGCAGGGUCUGGAGAGUUCUUGCUUAAAAGAGCAUUUGGUGUGUCUCUGUUUGGGGCAGUAGGGUCAUACGCAUGGUCUGGGGGCAUUGUGGAGGCAGCCAGAGGAGUGAAUGCCACGUUCAUCAAUGCCUCUGCGCUGGAGACAGACAUGCAGAACUCCUAUCUAGGUUACUCGGUGGCAGUGGCAGAGACGGUGAAUGGCAGUAUAUAUUUUGCUGGAGCUCCCAGGUUCAACCACACUGGGCUGGUCCUGGUCUUCCAGAGGGACCCUCUCCAACAGGAGUGGACUGUCACCCACAGGAUACCUGGAUCUCAGCUUGGUUCCUACUUCGGGGCAGAGCUGUGUGUGUUAGAGAGCCAUGCUGGGCCAGGGGAGGGCUGUGCUGGGCUGCUGGUUAUUGGGGCUCCUUGGUAUCACGCCCAGGAUGUUGGGGGAGAGGUCCACGUCUGUACCCUGGAGACUGGAGCACCCAACUGCUCCCUCACCCUGCGUGGAGUCCAGGGGAAUGUCCAUGGUCAGUUUGGGACGUCUCUGUCCCCUUGUCCAGACCUGAAUGGGGACGGGUUGCCAGAGCUGGCUGUAGGAGCCCCGCUGGAGGACAGAGGACGUGGGAGUGUUUACAUCUUCCUGGGACGCCCUUGGGGCAUCCAGGCCAAAUACAGUCAGAGGAUCCAGGGAGUGAGCGGGAGAGCGGGUAGAGGGCUGCAGUUCUUUGGGGUUUCGGUGCACUCUGCUGGGGAUCUGAACUCAGACGGACUGGCUGAUAUGGUGGUGGGAGCUAAAGGAGCCGCUUUCAUACUGAGGUCCCAGCCAGUGAUGCGUGUGUUGGUGUCUAUCACCAUGGACCCUCCCAUGAUCUCCCAGAACUCCUUCCACUGUGCCGUCCCCAUGGCCCUUAACACUCCCGUAACCACAGCCAUUCUGUGUGUCACUGUCACUGGGGCACACGUGGGAAACAUACAGGCUUCUCUCCAGGCAUCAGUGUCUGUGACAGUGGAUCUACUGGAGGAUCAGACCAGGACCAGGCCAGCCCGUCUGCGCUUCUACCCCAGAUCAACAUCCUCCAGCUGGGAUGAAACAGUUACAGGCACUGCCUGCCACAACUUCUCCCUCAGUGUCCCGGAUUGUAUAUCAGACUACCGUGAGGUGCCUCUGUCUGUUCAAUUGGCUGUGGAGGGCCUGGAGGUACCAGGGACAGGAGGACUGAAGUCAGUCCUGAGCCCAGACAACCCAACCUCUUUUGCACACAUGAUCUUGCUGGAGAAGGUUUGUGGCGAGGACCAUGUGUGUGUCUCUGACUUAUCAGUCAAUGUCACCAGUCCAGAGGUGGUGUGUAGCCAAGGUUUCCCAGUAGAAGUGUCUGUAGAGGUGGCUAACAGUGGAGAGGAUUCCUCUGAGGCUGAGCUGACACUGGUCCACCCGUCCUCCAUACCCUUCGUUCGUGCCAAACGGCCAUCAGGACCAGGCCAGGUGGCUGUCUGGUGUGUGUCCAACACCACAGAACUAGAAAACAUCACACACACAGUGUGUCCCCUCAGCUCUACUGUCCUGAGACAGGGGGCGCGGGUGACAGUGUUGAUGUCAUUCACAGUGUAUGAGCCAUCCUGUUUGGGAGAAAGACUGGCUUUCAAUGUGUUUGUUACUACUGAUAAUGAAGGACAGGGCACCCUUCAGGAUAACUAUGCAAGCACCUCUGUAGAUGUCAAACUUCCUAUCAAUAUUGUUGUGAAAGGAGGAUACUCCUCCCAAUACAUAACUUUCCCAGACAACAAGCUUCUGGAGCACAUAUACAUGGUGGAGAAUAUAGGAAAUGUGGCUGCACCGGUCAAUGUUACAUUUGUGAUUCCAGUGGAGUUGGACUCUGGUUACCUGUGGAAUGUGUCUCUUCUUCAAACAGAUAACAGCAGAGGAACGUGUGAGAGGAAGGAGGUAUUCUCUAAACAGGAAAAAACCACUCUGUUUUAUCAGCACUGUAGUGGGGUCAUCUGUCAUCUGUUUGGCUGCACCAUAGGACUGUCAUCCAUCAAUCAGCCAACCAUCUUCAAGUUUGUUGGGAAUAUCAGUAGAAGCUCCGAGGGUUCAGCGGUGCAGGUGGAGGUGGUCAGUUGGGGGUCGCUGUCCUUCGACCAGAGUGUCUACUCCCAGUACCCUGCGGUUGGUUCUCAGAGUGUGAAGAUUCUGUCCAUUCUGGAGACGACGCCUGAAUCCCACACUGCUCUCAUUGCUUCCAUCAGUGUUGUGUUUUCGCUGUUGCUACUGAUGAUAAUCUCUGGCGUUCUCUACAAGAAGGGCUUUUUCAAGAGCAGAAGAAUUGCCUCUGGUGGUGUAGAUUAUAGUACAGCUGUUCCUGGUCGGACUGCAGCCCCUGAUGAUGACCGUGGUCUGACCGCUGAUAUUACCCCACUGGGGGAGAACACCCUGUAGCCCAGUGGCGGUCAGUGCCGUUUAAGUUGAGGGAGGAAGAUUUUUUUCAUGA